CUCAGUCCGGCUGCUAACAGUGGGCGGAGCCUCAGAGGUAAACUCUCUGGGCACGAACCCGAUGUCGGUGUGAAAAACAGUCAAGAGUAGCUGUCAGCGGAACAUCUAUGACGUUGUUGACUUUAGAUUAUUUCUCGUAUCGUUUUUGGCUUGAGUAAAGCUGCCAGGUCCACUAUAACGCAGCGUCGGGAUGGACGUGGCUCCAGGAUAAAGUGAAUCAUGGCUUUUAUUAGUGUUUUCCUGACCGUUUUGCUGGCGGUGCUGUGCAGCCAGCGAGCUGCCGCCGCCGCCGCCAGCUCCCAGACCUACAGCAACCGAACGGACUCUUUGACCAUCAUGUCGGUGAACAACAACGAUGAGUGUGACCUCGUGAUGAACUACAACAUCACGGACCGCUGCGCGUUCGUGAAGAGGACGCCUGACUGCGACAUGGAGGACGGCUUCAUCAACUACCUGGAUCUGGCCUUCUGCUUGCUGAAGCCCAGCCUGACUCCUCUCACCAUCACGCUCUGUAUUAUAUGGCUCUUCUUUCUGUUUGUCAUUCUCGGACUCGCAGCUUCUAAGUUUUUUUGUCCCAACCUGUCAGCCAUAUCUUCCAGUCUGCACCUCACCCACAACGUGGCCGGCGUGACCUUUCUCGCUCUGGGGAACGGCGCUCCUGACAUCUUCAGCGCCAUGGCGGCGUUCUCCCGUCCGCACACGGCUGGCCUGGCUGUCGGGGCCUUGUUUGGGGCUGGCAUAUUCGUCACCACGGUCGUGGCAGGGGGCGUGGCUCUGGUCAAACCGUUCACUGUGGCGUCCCGUCCGUUCCUGCGGGACGUCGUCUUCUACAUGUCGGCGGUGUUCUGGACUUUCCUGAUGCUCUUCAGAGGGACGACGACGGUGGCAGAAAUCCUGGGUUACGUGGCUCUAUACGGGAUUUAUGUUGUGACCGUUAUCAUCAGUGCUUACAUCUACAAUCGACAAAAGAACUCUGGGAAUUCAGACUCUUCAAGUGUUCCACAUACUCCAGACUUGAAUUCAUCUGACGACGACUCUGAWGACGAUGACUCUUCCUCCUGGACAGGCACUUCAGUCCAGCAGGAAUACGAGUACCGGCCACUCCUGCCCUACACCGCAUCCACGAGUCAGAUCCUGUUGAGCUCCUUGAAUCCGGUGGACAACAGGAAGUGGAGGAGGAACUCAAGGAGCUGGAAAGUCUUUAAAGUUAUGAAGGCUCCUCUGGAGGUGCUGCUGCUGCUCUGUGUCCCUGUGGUGGACCCCGACAAAGAAGACAAAAACUGGAGACGCCCGUUAAACUCCCUCCACCUGAUCACUGCUCCUCUGGCGUGUCUGCUCGUCUUCCAGUCUGGAGAAUAUGCAAAUAAAAUGAUCCAGGAUCAGUUUCCUCUCUGGCUGCUCAUUCUACUGCUGGGCCUGUUUCUGGCUGCUAUUGUUUUUUGCACAACCACCAACGACAAUCCUCCCAAAUAUCAUCCACUCUUUGCCCUCCUGGGCUUUGUGGUGAGUGCGGUGUUGAUCAGCGCAGCAGCCUCGGAGGUGGUCAGUCUUCUGCACAUGCUCGGUGUGGUGCUGAGUCUCAGCAACACGGUCCUGGGUCUGACUCUUUUGGCCUGGGGCAACAGCAUUGGAGACUGCUUCUCUGACAUCACCAUCGCUCGUCAGGGUUACCCGCGGAUGGCCAUUUCUGCCUGCUUUGGAGGAAUCAUCUUCAACAUGCUGAUAGGAGUGGGUCUGGGAUGUCUAAUGCAGAUGAUUAAAACAAAAGUUGAUGUUCGGUUUGCAACAGAAGGACUGCUGACGUGGAUCCUUGCWGGAGCCCUGGGUUUGUCCUUGGUCCUGUCUUUUGUCAUCAUUCCCCUGAAUCGGUUCCACCUGAGUAGGAAACAUGGGAUCUUUCUCCUCGUGUUCUACCUCAUCUUCCUCAUCAUCGCUCUUCUGGCCGAGUUUCACAUAAUCCACACCUGACCCGACCCCAGGACUUUCAGCCAGUCUGGAUAAUAAUCUCACACUGUGAUGAAUAUGAUCCGCACCUCUUAUUGCACUGUUCCAAGCAUUAAUGAUGCUUUGCUGCUUUCAGCAACCAUCCUGCAGUUAGCUGCUUUGACUGUGACGUGUUCAGAUGGCGUUGAAGACUUGUGCCACCUGUUUUACAGAUUUUUAACUCACAUUUGACGUACGAUCGUCAAACAUUUUGUCAGUUUGCUGCAAGGCCUGCUCAGUUCAUUACCAGUGUGUCCCGCAGUCUGCAUGGAUCUGAUCCUCACCUGUUUGUUUCGUGGCAUUUCCGGGACUCUGCUGAUGCUCGUCUGUUACCGGUUGUUGGUUUGGAUCAGUAGAGUUUAUCUUUGCGGUGGCGCUGGAGAGGUGCGCCUCCCUCRCCACUUCUGUUGGUUUUAUGGUGAAUGUCGCGUCGGUAAGCUAAUCGGGACUUUUAUUUGGAGGAACUUUUGUUUCACACCAACUUUGAGUUGGACUUCCUCUGCAUAACAGAAGCCUGGAUGUCUCAGUCAGUCCAGCACUUGGGCAGAAUUAUAUCCACUUGACUGUUUUUAAUUUCCUGCUGUUCUCAGGUUGUGCCGAAAGAUUAGCAUCCAUUUAAAAAUAUCUAACUUUAUAAACAGUUUUCCAUCCCUGUCUCUUACUCCAACUUUGAACUGAGCCUUUUUUAACUGGGUCAUUCUCCAAAGUAUUAAAAAUGACUUUUUAAGUGACUUUUGUUUGAAGUUAUGACAAAGUUUUAAUUACUGGAGGUUUUAAAAAUCAUGAUUGUUGUAUUGAGAAGCCUUUUGAGUUGGUGGACUCUUAACUCUCUAAAUGGUGCAACUCAGGAACAUUUGUAUGUUUAAGUCUCUCARCAGUUCGACCCUCUCUUGUACCUCUGAGCUGCUGCAGCCGUAUGUACCACAGCUCUCUGAGGUCAGCAGAUCAGAGCCUUCUCUGUUGUAGGCCCAAAACUCUGGRAUGGUUUUCCGCUGCAUGUCGGCGAGUCUUAAAAACUGCACUUUUCUUCCCUGGCCUUCGACCCAGUGUGAGGUGAUUUUAAUUUGUUUUUCGUCAUUCUAGUUCUCAUGGUUUUAGUUUUUACCUCUAUAUAUUGAUGUAAUUUACCCCGUCCUCUGCUUGUUUUAUUGUACAGCACUUUGUUUGGCUGUGUUGCUGUUUUGAAGUGCUUUAUAAAAAGAAAAAAAAAGUGGCAUAGUAUCUAUAGUCAAUGAGAAGCAGUUGUCUGCUCAGGGAGAACUGAAACAACCAAACUGUGCCUUUACUCAGCUUAUUCCCAUCACUGGAUCUGGACUGAGUCCAGACAACAAAUAAUGUAAAAAUGCAAUAAAAAAAUAUGAAUGUACUGUAAAUCCAAAAUGUCUGACUUUAAAUAAAGCUGCUUAUGAGAA